GCAAUUUAUGCGUAUCUAUAAUAUAAAAGCUUAAACCCGCAACAGCAACAGUGUCAUUUGAUCAAAGUCAAAUAAACGCUUAUCAAAAUGUUCAAAUUCUUCGCCCUUGUCUUCGCCGCCGUCUUGGCCGUCGUAUCUGCUGGUCCUAAACCAGGUUUGGUAGCCGCCGCCUACAGUGCCCCAGUGGUUGCCGGUGCUCCAGUUGUAGCCGCCGCCCCAGCUGUUGCCUACUCCGCCCCAGUCGCCUACUCCGGAUACUCCUCUGGAUACGUAGCUGCCCCAGCCGUAGCCGCUCCAUUGGCUUACUCCGCUUACUCUGCUCCUCUUGCUGCCACCUACUACUAAGCUGUUAUCUUUUAGUGAAUAAAUAAUUUAAUAUA